AUGGGAAGUGGUUGCCGGAGAAGAUCUGACGACAAGAUUAAGAAGCAACAGACGCAUGGGGCUACUGUCCUUGGCCUCAGUGACUCAGAAAAGUUUGCGUUGGUGAAGUUUACUGCAUCAACUAUUAGCGAGCAUGUGAUGGAAAGGAAAGAUCAGGUGAUGAUAAUGACGAACAUCCCAUGUGGUCUGAGCGAAAAAGACGCGAGCACUGCUGGACUAGUGCGUCAAAAGAAGUCAAUUGAGAGAUCACCGCACUCCUCGUGUGUAGGAAUGCGCAAAGACAUUAAUGGAAAAAGCACGGCUAAGUACUACAAAUACAUCUUGAUCGCGCUACAAUUGUGGCAAGACAUCGCAUUUAGCAAAGUGAAGGAUUCGCAUUUAAAACGUGAGUUUGAACUGUGGUGUCUCGGCGCACAUGUGAAAGGACCGGAAAAUGCUCGUCGACGAAAUGCCGCGCAAGAUUUUAGGCGCCAGAAGCGGCACAAAGAUGAUUUUUUUGGUCUCGAUAAAAUUGUAUCGCAUGUCUGGACGGAGAAUACAUGGGUUGACGCACAUCUAAAAAAUUCUUUACACGUUGAAGGCCUGGCAAAGAGCUUGAUUUCACUCUCAGCUGUGUCGUUGCGUGGAGUGGCGGUGCAAGAUAAACCAUAG